UGGGCGGUAUUCUGGCGACGGUAAUAAAACGAGUUGGCAGCAAAAUCGUCACGCUAAAACCAUGGAGUGGUUGAUGGUGCUAUGUCUAUUAGCUGUGGGCGUUCAAGCUGAGUUUCCGACAAAAGAAUUUCUCGAAGUCCUAAAACCUGUCGUAGCAAAAUGCGAAGCGAGCACCGGAGUUGAUAAAGCUCUUGUAGAUGACUUCAGCAAAGGUACCAUGGUCGACGAUGAGAAAUUAAAGUGUUACAUGAAAUGCAUUUUUCUGGAAUUUCAAGUGCUAGACGAAACAACAGGCCAUUUCCGAUACGAGAAGAUGCUAAGCGCUAUCCCCCAGGAGAUGAAAAGCAUUGCGUAUGAAAUGGGCCGCAAUUGCAUCCACUUCAAGGGGGAGGGGGCCGCCAAUCUCUGCCAGGUGUCCUAUGACCUGCAUAGAUGCUGGCAACAAGCGGACCCUGAGCAUUAUUUCCUCAUGUGAGCGGUGCCGUCUUCGCUUGGUUGUAGGUAAAGGAUAAUCCGCACUAAUUCUUUC